AUGGUGUAUCCCCAGCCGAUGGCUCUGACGCCCGCUAGGAGAGACGUCCUGGUCCUGACGCCAUGGCUGGCUCCCAUCAUCUGGGAGGGGACUUUCAACAUUGACAUCUUGAAUGAGCAGUUCCGGCUUCAGAACAUCACCGUGGGAUUAUCUGUGUUUGCUGUCAAAAAGUACAUCACCUUCCUGAGGCUGUUCCUGGAGUCUGCGGAGCAGCACUUCAUGGUGGGCUACCGCGUCACCUACUACGUGUUCACCGACCGGCCCGCAGACGUGCCCCAGGUGGGGCUCGGGCCGGGGCGGCGGCUGGCGGUGCUGCCCGUGCGCAGCUACCCGCGCUGGCAGGACGUGUCCAUGCGCCGCAUGCAGAUGAUCAGCCAGUUCUUGGAGCAGCCCUCCCGGCAGCAGAUGGAUUAUCUGGUGUGUGCCGAUGUGGACAUGAAGUUCCAGGACCACGUAGGCGUGGAGAUCCUGACCCCGCUCUUCGGCACCCUGCACCCCGGCUUCUACACGAGCAAGCGCGAUGCCUUCACCUACGAACGCCGGCCCCAGUCCCAGGCCUACAUCCCCCACGACCAGGGGGACUUCUACUACAUGGGGGCCUUCUUUGGGGGGUCAGUGGCGGAGGUGCACCGGCUCACCAAGGCCUGUCAUGAGGCCAUGGCGGUCGACCGGGCCAACAACAUCGAGGCUGUGUGGCAUGACGAGAGCCACCUGAACAAGUACCUGCUGCUCCGCAAGCCCACCAAGGUGCUGUCCCCGGAGUACCUGUGGGACCUGCACAUGCUGCCCUGGCCCUCCGUCCUGAAGAAGCUGCGGUUUGUCGCUGUACACAAGAAUCACCAAGAAAUCUGGAACCGCUAG